GGGUCCCGGGCUCUGCCCCCCCCGGGCUGCCCGUGGCAGCCGUGCCGGUGGCCUUGGGAGACACCGCGGGUGCCGGGCUCGGGAUGCCGUAGGAGUUGGAACGGCAGCUGUGCCCGGCGUGUUUAAGCACAAACGUAGAAUUCGGCAGGUCCUCAUAAGAGAAACGGGAAUGUGGAAAUGUGCACUCGUUGAAAGUAUAACCUUAAACCUGCAACCAUGGGUAGGACUUACUUUGUCGAGGAAGCCAUUGGGCAGUAUCUUUCAGACCUCAGCCCAAAAUCAAAGCCUUAUGUCACUGGCCUGUUAAUAGGGCAGUGUUCCCCCCAAAGAGACUACGUGAUCCGGGCCGUCCGCACGCCUCCCAGGGAGGAGCAGAGGGAAGGCAGCAGUGCUCCUCCAACACUGGCAUCCCUGGAUGAGGAGUGGAUAACCACCCAUGCCAGCCAGGUUUCUAGGAUGCUUCCUGGGGGCCUGCUAGUGCUUGGGGUGUUUAUCAUUGCAACUCCAGAGCUGUCAAAGGACAGUCAGAACACUUUGCGCAGGCUAAUCUUCUCAGUGGAGAAGUCCUUGAGUAAAAGGCGGCUCUGGAAGCCUGCUGAGGAGGAGGUCUCAGACAGAGCAGCUCUUCAGAUUUGUGCUGCUACAAAGAAAGUAGUUUGCCGAACCUAUGACGUGCAGGAUCCAAAGAGCUCAGCUAAACCAGCAGACUGGAAAUACCAGAGUGCUCUGUCUGCUUCCUGGCCAGCUUUGGACUGCACAGUCAAUGUUAAUAUUCACAUUCCACUUCUGGCCACUUCGCCCAACCACGACUUGGAGAAGAAUACCAAGAAUGGAUUAAAUCGAUGGUCGAAACAAAUAGAAGAGGGUGUCUUUCUGAUCAAUGGACAAGUUAAAAGUGAUGAUGCAGAGCUGCUGGAAGGGCAGAAAAAGUUAAGAGGAAAUAUUCAAUCCAGCACUCAGUUCUCUGAUGUGAAAGUUCUGACACAGCUGUCCCAGGGUUCAAGUCAAAGAUCAACAGCUACAGUCCAGGUCUGCAGUGGCUCCAUAAAUCUCAAAGGUGCUGUGAAAUGCAGAGCCUACAUCCAUAACAACAAGCCCAAAGUGAAAGAAGCUAUUCAGGCUUUGAAAAGAGACAUCAUAAACACAUUGAGUGACCGGUGUGAAAUACUGUUUGAAGAUCUGAUUAUAAAUGAAGGACCUCACAAAAAAAGUUUUGAGAGGGAAUAUCAUGUCUUACCUCAAAGACUGUUUGUCCCAGUGGCUGGAUCCAGCGUGAUGCUCAGUGACUACAAGUUUGGUGAUGAGGCUGCUGGAGAAAUUCAGGAGCGUUUUGUUGAAAUGCUGGAUCAGUCUGUGCAAGCUGAAGAUCUCUACAUAGCAGAGGAGAUGAGCACAGUUGAUAUUUGUCCAGUUACUGGCACCGUGGAUGACACAGAACAGAAACAAGUGACAAAAGCAACAUUGCUGUUGAAGCUUCAACAAAACAUGGGUGUGGUAAUAGCAGCUGCUGUUGCAGUCUUUGCAUCCAUCUUCUCUUUCAAUUACUUCAGUGAUUAAGCUCAAGCAGCUGGAGCUUCAUGGAAGUGUGGACCAGUGACAAGAUGGAAACAUCAGGGUUUCCUGUGUUAGUCAUUAAGAACUGUUGCCUCAGUGCCACUGGUUAAAUGUGCAAUACAGAUGGUAAUGAUUGGUUCAGUUACCUUGUUCCAGCAUGCACUUCCUCUGUCAGGUAGAAUCAUGUGGUCACAAUGUCAAGUAGAAGGUGAGUCAAGUUUACAAGAAACUAACCCUGUUGCUCUGCAUAAAUGAAUGAUAGCAUUAUUUUCUAGAAAGAUCCCUUAAACAAAUGUAGAACCUUGGUUUUCUUCCUACUUGCUGUUUUAAUGCAAAAUGCUACUGCUGGUGUUCUUCAGGCUAUUGGUUAGAUUAGCUUAGUUACCUGGUAUGACAAUUCUUGCUUUAAGGAUUCCUAUGCCAAGAUAAAUCUUACAGUUAAUUGGGGAAAAAUUAGAUUUCAUGAAGCCACAUGCAUUUAUUUAGGUAAUACUGGUUAACUAGCUUAAUAGGUAUACAAAUAGUUUUUAGUAGUUUCAUGACUAGACCAAUUCAGCCUGUAAAUACUUCAGUUUAAGACCUGAAGAACUCAGAAAUCAAUAAAAUAUGUAGAACUUGUGAGAAAGAUAAAUAUAUAUAUAUAUUUAUUCCACCUUAUACUCAGUGACUCUUGAGUUCUCUGUCCAGCUCUGAUUCAAUCAUUUUCUGGGAAUAACAACUAUUUCAGCAGCAGCUUCAUCUAGGCAGCCCUUGUGGAUUAACUUGUAGACACAGGCAAGUUGUCAAAAUUGUUUGCUAAUCUGGAUUUUUAGACUACAAACAGAUAAUUUUCAGUUAUGAGAGAUUUUUCUGGGCAUGGUGAGUGGUUAACUAAUGCUUGCUUGGAGGGUGGCAAGAGGAAGAAAUACAACUAAGGUUAAUAAAGAUUAUUCCUACAUGAAAUGCGAUGUUUACUUGGAUCUGAACUACAAUAGAAAAGAAUUCCAGAUUUUAGGGCAUUUUAGUAUCACUGCAAAUUUAUUUUUUGUAUAAAGGCACUGGAACAAUAAGAAAAAAUAUAAAUGCUUCAGUUCUAAAGCACAACCAAGGAUGUACUGGGAUGCUUUUAAUAAAAGGAAACUGAGAAAGAUGUCUUAAA